CGACGACGUUCUCGACGCCCCCAAAGUGUUGUCUUUCUCAAUGGAGUCGAUUUUAAGCAAGCGAUAGUAUAUAAUUGCAUAUUUCGUGUUCAUUAAAAAGCCCCGCCUGCCCGCCAAUUGCUGCGCUCGCCUGGCGGCAGCUCCGAUGCCAUGGACACAACAACGCAGCUCUCCCUUGCGGGCCUCCUUUUUCUGACCUUGGCACUGUCUUUAACAUUUGAUCAUCCGUUCUCGUUUGAUCGACCAGUGCAUUCGUCCGCGAUCCAGCUGGCAGUAUGCUCUGCUGCAAUAUUUGGCAUCAGCAAGUGUCGGCCCCGCUUCUUUGCCGCCGCUUCAGACGAGCAACACUACGAUGCUAUUCCCCUCGAAGAUAGACGACCAUCGUAUGCCUCGAGAGAAAUCUCGCCGGACUCGAUCGACGGAGGACCUCACAAUGAACAUGGGAAGCGCCGCAUACGACUAUUGUUCCUCACAGCCGUCCUCGCAAUCUGUCUACGAGUAGAGAGUUUACGGCGAACAGUCAGAGACUUCCAAUGCUCUAAGCCGGGAAUGGAGGCUUUGGUUCCGAUAUUAUUGUCGUUCAUACCGCACUGGAAACCGCCACGACCGCAGACGAGAAGAAGAACUCCCCUUAAUGGACGGGCGGGCAAUUUCCUCCUCACUGUCAUAAAUUUAUGCGCCAGCAGUCGACUCGGAACGAUACUUGCAGCGCUACUCGUCAGUGUUGGCAGUUAUAUAGGCGCAAGCAUAAGCGCAGGGCCACGGUCCACUUAUAUCUGUUCGAUCGAAUCUGGCAACCGAAAUUUUAUACCCUUUUUGCAGAUACUCUCUUGCAUUCUAGACUGCUAUAUACUCUGGGCUUUUCACAUCCUGAUCCGGAGUCGAGGCAGGGAAUCCUAUGGCAGCUCUACGAGGGCUCCCUUAAUUACUAGCUCAGCAUUCUUGAUAUCAUCGAUUCUUCUUUUCGUCAGCGGAGCAAUUUGUUAUAUAAUCAAACCGCCUCUUCGAGACUGGAUCAUCUCGCCUCCGCAAGAACCGGUCUGGAAAUCCUUGUAUAAUCUUCUUUUGACUGCGUUGUUAGCGGUGUUUAGCGUUCAACUUUUGCCGUAUCUUGGUCCACUUGGAAUUGCAGUUGCUCACACUUCAGCGUAUGCAUACGGAAAGGGCAUGGAAACAGCGUUGAUCAAUAUCCAUCCCUUCCCGCCAGUUUCAACUCGAAAAGUCGUCUUCUCAGUCUUUCUUCUCUUCCUAGGCGUCGCACUUUUCUUUUACCGACUCUCGCGCGAGCAUGGCGCAGAGAUCUCUUCAGUAACCAGGAAAUUCAAAAUCAUCAAAGUCCCUCGGCCCUCAUGGCUCUAUUACGUUCUCUUAGGAUCCUGCUUUAUUGGAAUCCUGCUUGAUUGCUUCAAGCGGACGCAUAUCAAUUAUCAUCCUGUCGACUUACUCAUGUAUACGGCCAAUCGAAGAUACGACCACUGGCGCAAUCAAAGCAGAACCAGCCGCACAUUUCCUGAAGCGAUCGACACCUACUUUAAUCGAUAUGGCCGUCAUCCUCCACCGAAAUUUGAUCACUGGUACCGCUUCGCCGCUGAACGCUCAUCUCUCAUCUAUGACGACUUUGACAAUAUCGACCGAGACCUAUCCCCCUUCUGGGCUGUUAGCCCCGCCGAGAUCCGCUCACGGACAUGGGAAAUGAUUUCCAACCCGUGGAACGAAAUCUCAGGAAUCAGCAUUCGCAACGGCCACGCGGAACUUCCUCCCAACGUCCUGCCUACCCAUCGCUGGAUGCUCGAAGGUGUCGCCACCAUGAUCAACAAAUUCGCCGAAUUCCUUCCAGACAUGGACCUCGCUUUCAACCUCAACGACGAAUGCCGCGUUGCCGUUCCUUACACCGAAAUUGAGACCAUGCGCCAUCAAGCCAGCCUCGUCGGUACCACCGGCCGUCAGCGGGCGCCCGAAUGGAGCCCCAACCGCGUUAAACAAUGGGAGCCCGUCACCCCAAACCCUCUUGGCAGGACGCGCUUCCACGACCGCUCCUUCACCAACACAUUUACCGACUACUCUGCCAUCACCUGCCCUGCUGGCUCCCCGGCCUUGUCCCACCAUGUUGACAACACCCGGGAUCUAUGCGUCUGGUGCGCCGCGCCUCACUCGCUCGGGCUCUUCCUCGACAACUGGCUUCUCGCCGCAGACGUUUGUCACCAACCAGACAUGGCGCAUCUCCAGGGGAUCUAUCUCAGCCCUGCCGCCUUCAAAACCACUCACGAGCUCAUGCCCGUAUUCAGCCAGAGCAAACUCUCCGGGUACAACGACAUUCUGUACCCCAGCGCAUGGAACUACAUGGACAAAGUCAAAUACGAUCCUACACCCGAGCACCCGGACGUCGCCUUUUUCGAGAAAUCCAACACGCUCUUCUGGCGCGGCGCUACUUCUGAAGGCGUCUCUACGGGCACCAACUACGCCUUACCUCACGAUUUCGACGUCAAUCCCGAACUAGAGUCGCCCCACGUCAAUCCCGAGCGCAUCAUCCCUUCUGGCGCAGGGACCUGGCAGGGCAUGACACGCCAGCGCCUCGUGCAUCUGGCCAACAACCUCACCGACUCAGAACCCCAGCUCGUGCUACUCCCCUCUUCUACCCAGCGUGGGAAAUACAUUUACGAAUCCGUCUCCCCCUCGGACCUACGCCGCUUGUUAAACCUAGAUGUCGCAGUCGUCGAUAAGAUCUCCCGCUGCGGCGGGGUCGACUGCGCCGUUGAGAAAGCCGAGUUCGGGCUCGUUGGCCCCUCGGACUUUCAACAUCAUUGGAGCCAUAGAUAUCUGUUCGAUCUCGACGGGGCAGGUUUCAGCGGCCGCUUCCUGCCCUUUUUGCAGAGCCAUUCCCUGCCGUUCAAGACUGCGAUGUUUAGAGAGUGGUACGAUGAUCGCAUUUUCGCGUGGAGACAUUUUGUCCCGAUAGAUCCAAGACUGCAUGGUGUCUUUAGUACCCUUGCUUAUUUUGCUGGCUUUGAGGGUCAGAUUGGAAAAGGAUCCGCCCGGAGAGACGUCUCUUGGUUUCCGCAUGCAAAGGAGGGCGAACUCAUUGCUGAGCAAGGGCGUGACUGGGCGGGCCAGGUCCUCAGGAAGGAGGACAUGGAGAUUUACUUUUUCAGGUUGUUGUUGGAGUGGGGACGCUUGACGGAUGAUAGGAGGGACGAGUUGGGGUUUGUCCUGUGAUUCUUAUCUGCAGUUAUAUAUUGUCCCGUGAUUACUUCGUCCCCUCAUACUUUCAUUUCGUUGGUGUGGUGGGAUGAAAGGCGGAGAAGGGUCCGACGGUAUAUAGCACGGCAGCAGGGAUUGGGGAAAGUGGGACAGUGGUUUGAAUCUCGAUUUUGAAGAGUGUUUACAGAGUAUAGUAUCUGGGAUAUCACUUCGUUGGCGUCGUAUCAUGCAUAUUGAUUUGUAAAUUAUAUCCAGCUAUCAUUAUACCAAUAUCGAUCC